AGAGCCAGCGAGAGAGCCAGCAAGCGGGAACCGGAGCCCCGCGCCAGAGCUGGGCGCGCCAGGAGCUGACCCCCUCCUCAUCUCUCUUCCUGUCUGUCCUUUCCUGGCCCCUGUUUCCUCCUCUCUUUGCCUUUGCUGCUUCUGUCCUCACCCCUAGAAGACCCUGGUCUGCUGGACCUAGCCAUCCCUUUUGGGGCCAUGGAAUCACUGCUUGGGUUUCUGGCACUGCUGCUGCUGUGGGGUGCCGUGGCCGAGGGCCCGGCCAAGAAGGUGCUGACCCUGGAGGGGGACCUGGUGCUGGGUGGGCUGUUCCCAGUGCACCAGAAGGGUGGCCCAGCCGAGGAGUGUGGACCUGUUAAUGAGCACCGAGGCAUACAGCGCCUAGAGGCUAUGCUUUUUGCACUGGACCGCAUCAACCGCGACCCCCACCUGCUGCCUGGUGUGCGCUUGGGUGCGCACAUCCUCGACAGCUGCUCCAAGGAUACACACGCCCUGGAGCAGGCGCUGGACUUUGUGCGUGCCUCACUCAGUCGUGGCGCUGACGGCUCACGCCACAUCUGUCCUGAUGGCUCCUAUGCCACCCACAGUGAUGCUCCUACAGCUGUCACCGGUGUCAUUGGUGGCUCCUACAGUGAUGUCUCCAUCCAGGUGGCCAAUCUCCUGCGGCUGUUCCAGAUCCCACAGAUCAGCUAUGCCUCCACCAGUGCCAAGCUGAGUGACAAGUCCCGUUACGAUUACUUUGCUCGCACUGUGCCCCCAGACUUCUUCCAAGCCAAGGCCAUGGCUGAGAUUCUCCGCUUUUUCAACUGGACAUAUGUGUCUACGGUGGCAUCUGAGGGUGACUAUGGUGAGACAGGCAUUGAGGCUUUCGAGCUCGAGGCUCGGGCACGCAACAUCUGCGUGGCCACUUCUGAGAAGGUGGGCCGUGCCAUGAGCCGCGCUGCCUUCGAGGGCGUGGUGCGAGCCCUGUUGCAGAAACCCAGUGCCCGUGUGGCUGUGCUCUUCACCCGGUCCGAGGAUGCCCGUGAGCUGCUUGCAGCCACCCAGCGCCUCAACGCCAGCUUCACAUGGGUGGCCAGCGACGGCUGGGGGGCCCUGGAGAGCGUGGUGGCAGGCAGUGAAAGGGCUGCUGAGGGCGCCAUCACCAUUGAACUGGCCUCCUACCCCAUCAGUGACUUUGCUUCCUACUUCCAGAGCUUGGAUCCGUGGAACAACAGCAGAAACCCUUGGUUCCGUGAGUUCUGGGAGGAGAGGUUCCAUUGCAGCUUCCGGCAGCGAGACUGUGCCGCCCACUCUCUGCGGGCCGUGCCCUUUGAACAGGAGUCAAAGAUCAUGUUUGUGGUUAAUGCCGUCUAUGCCAUGGCCCACGCUCUACACAACAUGCACCGUGCCCUCUGUCCCAACACCACCCACCUCUGCGAUGCUAUGAGGCCUGUCAAUGGGCGCCGCCUCUACAAAGACUUCGUGCUCAAUGUCAAGUUUGACGCCCCCUUUCGCCCAGCAGAUACUGACGAUGAGGUCCGCUUCGACCGCUUUGGUGACGGUAUUGGCCGCUACAACAUCUUCACCUAUCUGCGGGCAGGCAGUGGGCGCUAUCGCUACCAGAAGGUAGGCUACUGGGCAGAAGGUCUGACUCUGGACACUAGCUUCAUUCCAUGGGCCUCCCCAUCAGCCGGACCUCUUCCUGCCUCUCGCUGUAGCGAGCCCUGCCUUCAGAACGAGGUGAAGAGCGUGCAGCCGGGCGAGGUCUGCUGUUGGCUCUGCAUUCCCUGUCAGCCCUAUGAGUACAGGCUGGAUGAGUUCACCUGCGCUGACUGUGGCCUGGGCUACUGGCCUAAUGCCAGUCUGACUGGCUGCUUUGAGCUGCCCCAGGAGUACAUCCGCUGGGGUGAUGCCUGGGCGGUGGGACCUGUCACCAUCGCCUGCCUGGGUGCCCUGGCGACACUCUUUGUGUUGGGUGUCUUUGUGAGGCAUAAUGCCACACCCGUGGUCAAGGCUUCCGGUCGGGAGCUUUGCUACAUUCUGCUGGGCGGUGUCUUCCUUUGCUAUUGUAUGACCUUCGUCUUCAUUGCUAAGCCUUCCACGGCCGUCUGUACCUUGAGGCGCCUCGGUUUGGGUACCGCCUUCUCUGUCUGCUACUCAGCCCUCCUCACCAAGACCAAUCGCAUUGCUCGCAUAUUUGGCGGGGCCCGGGAGGGUGCCCAGCGGCCACGCUUCAUCAGUCCCGCCUCACAGGUGGCCAUCUGCUUGGCACUUAUCUCGGGCCAGCUGCUCAUUGUCGCUGCCUGGCUGGUGGUGGAGGCACCUGGCACAGGCAAGGAGACAGCCCCUGAACGGCGGGAAGUGGUGACAUUGCGCUGUAACCACCGUGACGCGAGCAUGCUCGGCUCACUGGCCUACAAUGUGCUCCUCAUCGCGCUCUGCACGCUCUAUGCCUUCAAGACCCGCAAGUGCCCGGAGAACUUCAACGAAGCCAAGUUCAUCGGCUUCACCAUGUACACCACCUGCAUCAUCUGGCUGGCUUUCCUUCCUAUCUUCUAUGUCACCUCCAGUGAUUAUCGGGUGCAGACCACCACGAUGUGCGUGUCCGUCAGCCUCAGUGGCUCUGUGGUGCUUGGCUGCCUCUUUGCACCCAAGUUGCACAUCAUCCUUUUCCAGCCACAGAAGAAUGUGGUGAGCCACCGGGCACCUACCAGCCGCUUUGGCAGCGCUGCCCCCAGGGCCAGCGCCAACCUUGGUCAAGGGUCUGGAUCCCAGUUUGUUCCCACUGUUUGCAACGGCCGUGAGGUGGUGGACUCAACAACGUCGUCGCUUUGAAGAUCCCACACUCCUGCCCUGACAUGGCUGCUCCCAAACCCAGCAUAGACCCUCAUCCACGACCAGGAGGAAGUUGGCUGGGAGCACUGCAAUAACACCCACCCCAUGCCUGCCCCCAGAGCCACUUACCCACCUCCUGGAUUCCCAGCCCUUUAGGUCAGAAGCCAGAGUCCUUAGCUGGGGAGCCUCUGCAAUGGCCAGUAACUGUCCUUGUAGCUAUGCCCCGUGUUUGCCAGGCCUGGGACUCAGAGGGGGAGAUGACCAGUGUCUACUGUGUUCUAGAACAGUGUGGCUGAGGACGACAGGCCCAACCCCCAUGCAAAGGUGCUUCCAGACCAGCCCCUGCCCCAGGCCUUUUUAAUUUUUUAUAAGUUACUCUGGGAUAGAGAGGAUGGUUACUGUGGGGAUCAUUCCCUCCCCUCCUUACCCAGUAGUUUGUCCCGUGGUUUAUUUUGUAUUACCUGUAAAUAAAGUGUCUUUAUUUAAACGGUUUUUUAAUUUUAUAGACAGAGCCUCGUGUAUACCAAGGUGACUGCAAACUUACUAUGUAGCUGAGCAUGACUUGAAACUUCUGACCUGCCUCUGCCUCCCAAGUACUGGGUGGGAUUAAAGGAGUGCACAUCGGGGGGUUGGGGAUUUAGCUCAGUGGUAGAGAGCUUGCCUAGCAAGCGCAAGGCCCUGGGUUCGGUCCCCAGUUCCGAAAAAAAAGAGAAAAAGGAGUGCACAUCGGGCUUCUGCAGCACAUGCAUGCAGUGCCCACAGAGACCAGAAGGGGGCGGCAGAUCCCCUAGGACAGGAGUUACAGUUGGUUGUAAGCUACCCAGUCAGGGCUGGGAAUUAAACCUGAAUCCUCUGGAAAAGCAGCAAGUACUCUUAAACGUUGAGCCAUCUCUCCAGCCCAUUUAUUUGUUUGUUUGUUCGUCUGUCCAUUUAUUUAAAAAUAACUCUGACAUGAGGAUUCCCUCCUCAGUCUUCCACUGUUCAUUCUGCUAAUGGGUGUCAUCUCAGCGCAGCCACCAAGGCAAACCCAACGCUGCUUCCUAUGGAGGCCGAAAAGGUGUCAACUAUCCUUCCCUUAAAGGAGCCAUUGAAGAUUGGUCAGCACCCUCUAGAAUUGUCUGGUCUUCAGGAGACGGUUUUCCUCAGAGACCCAGCCUACGGUAUGGUGUGGGGAGUGGGAUACUAACUGUGGACUUUUCAUGACAGGCUGACUGGAAUUUGGACAAGCCAGAGCCAGGGUGAGUGUUUGACGCAAAAAGGAACCAUCAAUAACACACUUGGGACUGAAUGUUUCCUAUUCACAGGUACCAUCGAUAGCCAGAAGGGGGCCCACAAGGAAAUGGUGAGGCAAGGGGCACAGACACUAGGGUGGAGAGGCCAUCUGUGGCUGUCAUCAGAAAAGGGUCCUUUUCAAUCUCUGGAGGACUUCCUGCCUGAAGAUUGCCGGCUGAGCUUGGCUGCCGCGGGCAUCUCCCACGUUCACCAUCUGGAGCUGACCAGUAGAGGGCUCCAAGGUGCAGCCUCGGCUUCGCUCCCUGGGCAGGCCUCUCAGCAGCCUCCCAAGGCCUAGAGGAUGCGGAGCAGUAAGCUGGAAGAAUAUGGCUGCUGCAGGCAGGGGUUCGGUAACUCACGGGGACAGAAGUCCUGUGUGAGAACACCAGCCAGAGACAUUGAUUUUUCAAGCGAGCUAAUUUACAUCAGUGGGCUGGUGAGUCUCUGGAAAUGUGGGUUAACAAGUUUAAAAAAGUAGAAAUAAAGACAAG